AGGUUCACUCACAAGUAAGGCCCCUUCAUUCUGAACUACUUAUAUAAAUAUCAACUUACCAGGAGAGGAUGAAGCUGUGGCAAUGCCCCAUGCCUCGCAUCAUAUUUAGAUCAUGGAGUUCAUCUGUAGCAUCCCAAGGUCAUCUUUUGGAUAGAUGCAGCAUAAGAGCAGCUGCAACUCUGCCCUUUGGCAUCCUACAUAGCCCCACCAGAAGCAGGUAUGGAUCCUCAGCAUCAAACCAUAACUCAGUGCCUUCGGCAUAUACAUCAAAGAGUCUAACAUCAAAAGAAGAGAGACGGGAGUUCAUGUCUCUUUUUCCUGACAUAGUGCGGGAUCUUACUGCUGAUCCUGAGCGCAUUUUACCUGAUGUUGAGAGAUGGUUCAGCAAGGUACUACAAUAUAAUGUCCCUGGAGGAAAGAAGAAUCGUGGUAUAGCAACAAUGACUGCCUAUAAGAGUCUUGCAUCACCAGGUGACCUUACUCCAGAGAAUCUUCACUUAGUCCACAUUCUUGGCUGGUGUGUCGAAAUGAUGCACACCUUCUUUCUGAUUGUGGAUGACAUUGCCGAUGGAAGUGAGCUACGAAGAGGGAAGCCAUCUUGGUAUCGUGUCAAGGAUGUUGGGCUGAGGGCCAUCAAUGAUGCAUUUAUGAUGGAACAGGGAAUCUACUAUCUUCUCCGCAAGUACUUCAGAAACAAGCCAUACUAUGUUGACAUCAUGGAACUCUUCCAUGAUUGCACAAUAAAGACAACAGUUGGCCAAUGCCUCGACCUCCAGAGUGGUCGUGAUGAGGAAGGCAACAUUGACCUGUCCAGUUUCACUAUGGAUCGAUACACCAAGAUGGUCAAAUACAAGACAGCUUAUUACUCAUUCUACUUGCCUGUUGCUCUUUCCAUGUUUGCUGCUGGAGUGCAAAAUCCAGAAUUGCUCAGGCAAGCAAAGACUAUCCUUUUGGAAAUGGGGGAGUUCUUUCAGGUCCAGGAUGACUACUUGGAUUGCUUUGGAGAUCCAAAUAUAACAGGAAAACAGGGGAAGGACAUUGAAGAUGGGAAAUGCAGCUGGCUGGCUGUGGUAGCACUUCAGAGAGGCAUGGCACCUCAACGCGCCAUCAUGAAGGAGAAAUAUGGACGCAAAGACCCAGCAUGUGUGGAGAGGAUAAAAUGCAUGUAUGAAGAGUUGCGUCUUCCUAGCGUCUAUGAAGCAUAUGAAGAGCAAACCUACAGAAGAAUUUACCAGGAGAUUCAGCAGACAUCAGUUGGAAUUCCACAGGCUUUCCUCAUGAAAUACAUGACUAAGUUAUACAGGAGAAGGGAAUGAGGUCAACUGUGCUAUUUUGCAGAUCAAAUAUUGACUGAUAUCUCAGACUGCACAUCAUGUCCUUAUAGAUAGAGAAAAGGAUGCAGUUGGGGGAUGAGUGACUUUUUCCAUUCCAUGGAGAAAUGAAAGCCUGUAAAUGUUUGAAGUCUUGAAUGGAUAAUAUGCUUUAUUGUUGAGGAGCAUUUCUUCUGGAAUGUUACAGUGUCUAGUCUUGCUCUGCAUCCAAACCUCAUUUGAAGUGGUUAAAAAAAAGAAUUCACAAGGAAUGCAAUUCUUCUAAAUGAAAAGUACUAAUCAUUCUCAACUGUGGUGGGGGUACCAGUUUAGGAAGAAAUAAUGGGCUAAUAAUACAAGAACAGGUCAGGUAGGAAAAUCCUAGUGUCUUCCCAAAGCAGAUGUGACGAGCUUGCCCGAGGACAAAUGUGGUCUCCUUGACAGGCUUCCAAUUAAUACUUUCAAAAAACUGCAAUAUUUUGUUUGAGCAUGGAAAUAGUCAACUGAAGGUGUUCUGAUCAAGGGAACUUUAAUGUUCUCCAUUUUCAUACAUUGAUUCCCCUCACAAUAGAGAGCUAUGGUCUUAGUCAUGGUUGCUGGUCAAAACAAAUAUUUAAAAAUAUCUUGAAAAUCAGCCUGCUCUAGGCAAGGAUGCAUUUACCCAGGCAGAUUCAAUGGUGCACUGUUUAAAAAAAAAUUCAACAUGAAUCCCCUCCAACCUAACUGUAAAUAUUAGCCUUUGUUAUGUAUGAACUGUGUUAGUAUAUGUGAUAUGUGCUGUUGGCAUGACAGUAAAUCUGUUUUUCUUUUUUACACA